AUGAUGUGCCGCUCUGAGGUAAACUGUUGCUGGUUACAAGUCAAUUAUUUACUUUGUCUUUUUAAGGAAAUCCGACAUAAAUCCAGUGACUACCCUCACAGAGUUGCAAAAUAUCCAGAAAACAGAAAUCGAAACAGAUACAGAGAUGUUAGUCCAUAUGAUCACAGUCGUGUAAAACUCCAGAACACUGAGAAUGACUAUAUCAAUGCCAGCCUAGUGGUCAUAGAAGAAGCCCAGAGAUACUAUAUUUUAACACAGGGUCCACUACCUAAUACAUGUUGCCAUUUUUGGCUAAUGGUAUGGCAACAACAAACCAAAGCAGUUGUCAUGUUGAACAGGAUUGUUGAAAAAGAGUCGGUGAAGUGUGCACAAUACUGGCCAACAAAAGAAGAUGAAGUUAUGACAUUCAGUGAAACAGGUUUCCGUGUGAGACUAGUGUCUGAAGAUGUCAAAUCCUAUUACACAGUGCAUCUACUGCAAUUAGAAAAUAUCAACAGUGGUGAGUCCAGGAUGAUCUCUCAUUUUCAUUAUACUACAUGGCCAGACUUUGGAGUUCCUGAAUCCCCAGCUUCAUUCCUGAACUUCCUGUUUAAAGUCAGAGAAUCUGGUUCAUUGAGCCCCGAACAUGGACCUGCAGUAGUUCACUGCAGUGCGGGAAUAGGACGUUCCGGCACAUUUUCGUUAGUAGAUACUUGUCUUGUUCUGAUGGAGAAAAAAGACCCAUUUUCUGUAGAUAUUAAGAAGGUAUUACUGGAUAUGAGAAAAUAUAGAAUGGGACUUAUUCAGACUCCUGAUCAACUAAGAUUUUCAUAUAUGGCUGUAAUAGAAGGAGCAAAAUUCAUAAUGGGGGAUUCAACUAUACAGAAACGAUGGAAGGAGCUCUCUAAGGAGGACCAAGCACCAAGUUCCGAGCAGUCUCCUCCACACCCAGUCAAAGUAACCACAGAGAAGUACAAUGGGAACAGCAUAGGCCUGGAGAACAAAGAUCAGAUGGAGAAAAUAAACACUGACCUGUCCACUAAAGUUCAAGAUAUCACAGAUGGGAACAUUGAAAAUUCUGUACGAAAACGACUGCGGGAGGAUAGAAGAGCAAACACAGCACAGAAGCUGCAGCAGAUGAAGCAGAAGCUAAAUGAGACUGAAAGAAAAAGAAAAAGGCCGAGACUGACUGACACCUAAGCCUUCGAGACUUGUGAAUAUUCUGCAGCUAUAAACUGCAAAUUAUUGACAUGCAAAGCGAGACAUGACCCCCCUCUUCGGGAACAAAAAGUGAGGUCUGUUAAGUACCAAGAAGACCUCAGUUAUCUGUUUACAGCGUAAACUGCACCGAGGGGAUGAAGACCACCAGCAGCGUGUGCCACUUUGCAAAACAAAAUAAUAUGCCAUCUUUUGUUUUUAUAAUGCCUGUAUUAAUGUAGAAAGAUGUAAAAGAAAUAAAUUAGGAAGUAUUUUGUUUUGUACUGCCAUUCUUAUUGUAUUUUUAUACUUUUUGGCAGCAUUAAAUAUUUUUUUAAAUUGAUGAUGUGCUGUUUUGUGCGCGUUAUGUUAGGGAGAACCUGUUAAGAGUGUGUGUUGUGGAAAAAGAAGGGUUUUGCCUUAAGGUUUCCUGCUACCUGUCUUAACUGGAAAUUGGUAAAAUUAUUAGAGUGUGCUUUAUGCAAGUAUUUUCAUUAAUGCUAAGUACUGUAGUUUGAUUUAGGAGGAACUCUUGCACAUUUCUUUUUGUAAUACACCACUCAGAAUAUUUGUUAAUCUGACCAGUCGGUUUGGUAAUCCUUUUUGUUUGCUAUAAAAUAUGCACAAAAUGUUCAGAGUAACUUUGUGACAGGAAAGUGUUCCGUUGGUGAUGCUUUAAAGGGAGGAAAGAGGGAAAACCUUGCCUCUCUUGACCCAUGAUCGUGCGUAGUUAAUGGGAGCUGAGGAACAAAAAUGAAGCGCACAAAAGUCAAUGGUGUCUAAUUAAACAGGUUUUGGAUUGUG